AUCGCGAUGCGCCGCACAAACCGAAUGUGUCCGAGAGGAGGAAAAAAAGGAGGGAACGCGCGUGGCGUUUUCGCGUUACACGCAAUAUCGCCGAUCGCGGGCCGCGUCUCGUGAAAUCGGUAUCGCUCGUCCGCGAUCGGAGACCCCCUGGUCUGCUAAUGGCGCUUUCCCCCCCUCGGGCUUGGCACCCAGGUACAACCUGCCUUGUCCUCGUCGUGACUCGCCGAUGACGCAACGCAUAAAUACACGCCACGGGGAAUCGAAUCGGUGGCCUCUAGUUUUCUGCUGCUGAUGCUGCUGCUGCUGCUGCUGCUGCCACUUCUUCUUCGUCUCUUCUUCUGCUCCGAGGAGAGCAGUCUUCGAAGAGCGGCGGUCCCGGAGGCAGCUCCUUGAUCGGUACGGCUCCGGAGAUCGUUAUCGUGAGAAGUGGAUGAAUCUCGGUCUGGCAGAUCUCGUGGCGAUCGGGUCGGGAAGGAGGAGGUAGCAGACAGGGCGAGGAGAAGGAGGAAGGAGAAACACAGAUCUCGGAGACGCGGUCUCAGGUCCUGCCGUCAGACUCGCUUUACCCUCCGCUUGACUUGGAGGACUCCUCGCGAGGACCAAAAAUCGCUGCUCAAUCCUUCCGACACACCCCCUUAAGCUCGCGAGAUGUGGCGGCUGUCGAUACUGAUCGGUAUGAUCGCGAUCGCGAGGGCCGGGCCGUACGCGGACAGGCCGACGGCGGACUCGGUGAACGACAGGACGCUGUUCAUCAGGAGUCUGCCGGGUUAUCCUGGGACCAGGAGCGAUCUCUACGAGGUCUACAUGGAACCGUAUUAUUUCGCAAUUGGUCUGAAGGCCGUGGUAGAGAUGAAAGCUCUCGAUGAGAAUGGCUCGCCGGUGGACGGGCCGCGAGGGAUGCUGACGUUGGAGCAGCAUCCCGAGGGGGUCAGGGUCACGGGCACGAUCACGGGGUUGAAUUCGGGCUUGCACGGGUUCCACGUGCACGAGAAAGGGGAUCUGAGGAAAGGCUGCAAUUCGGCCGGCUCGCAUUUCAAUCCGUACAUGGUGAAUCACGGCGCACCGAGCGAUCCGUUACGUCACGUCGGCGAUCUCGGCAAUAUUGAGGUCGGGCAGGACGGAGUGGCGCGUAUCGACGGCAUGGACCACUAUCUGAGCCUGGUGGGCGUCCGGGGUGCGAUCGGCAGGGCCCUGGUGAUUCACGCGAAGCCCGACGACCUCGGCCGUGGCGGCACCGAGGAAAGCCUGAAGACCGGAUCGGCGGGCGAGCGCGUCGCCUGCGGUGUCAUCGGGUUCUUGUAAAGGGAUUUUUGGCGAACGGCGAAUUCGGCUACUGCAUGCACUAAAUACGCACUGUAAGCUGCCGUGCUCAGCUCGCGUGAGAAGAUGCUGCGUAGCAACGCAGGAUCUUGGGUACGAUGCAGACUUUGAUGAAUGAGACAAUAAAUAUACUUUCUGAGAAACCGAAAUUAUCGUUUCUAUUGGAACUCAAUCGGAAUGUCACUCUAUAUCUCAGUUUUGUAUAUUUUUAAAUGCACUAUUUCAAAUACUAAUAUUUUAAUAAUUUUUAAAUUAAUCGCUUGAUAAUAUAUUUUAAUAACUACAUUUCGAAUCUUGGCAGUUUCUGUUAAUAUAUUAUAUGUACGUAAUUUAAAAUUAUGAAUAUUUAUUACAUAAUGUUUAUUCAUUUGUUAUUAAUAAAAAUAGCAUAAGGAGCUGUUUUUAAACUGGAUAUACGUGAAAUAAAAUAUAAUCAUCAUGAAUGUUAUUCGAGUAACGCGAUUGUUAUAAUAUAAUUAAUUUUAUUCAGUUAAAGUAAUUAUUUGUAAUAUAUUUCGAGGUUUAUAUAGCUAAAUUUGUAUAACAGCCUGCAGAUUGUGCGCGCUAGUGCAUCCAUCCAAAUUCGCUAAAAGAGAGCGUACCGCAACUUCGUUCACUACUAAUUUAAUUGCGCCCAUUUGUAUCGAUCAAUAAAUCACGAAUGUAAUCGAGCACCUAUCAAA